AUGCCAGGUGCCUACAAAGGUGAGUGUGGAGAUGAUGUGGACCCCAUGCCGUUCCUGGCACCCUCAGAAAAAGAAAAGUUGGAGGUCAUGAACAAGUCCUAUGACAUUAAGAAGUCAUGCUGGCUGAGAGACGAUAAGGAAAGUUUCAUCGCGGGGGAGAUUCAGGCCGAGGACAAUGACAAAGUCACUGUGAAGACGGCUAAAAACGCAACACUCACUGUAAGGAAAGAUGAUAUACAACAAAUGAAUCCACCAAAGUUUUAUCAGGCUAGCGAUAUGGCUAAUCUGACCUUCCUGAAUGAAGCCAGUGUGUUGGACAACCUUCGUUCACGUUACACCCAUAUGAGAAUCUAUACCUACUCUGGGCUCUUCUGUGUAACUGUGAACCCGUACAAAUGGCUUCCAAUUUAUGGAGCAAAAGUUGCUCAGAUGUAUAAAGGGAAAAAACGCAGUGAAGUUCCUCCUCACCUUUUCUCCAUCUCUGACAAUGCAUAUCAUGACAUGAUGAUGGAGCAAGAAAACCAGUCUUUGCUUAUCACUGGAGAAUCUGGAGCUGGCAAGACUGAGAACACCAAAAAGGUCAUCCAGUACUUCGCCAACGUGGGUGCCACUGGAGGGAAGCCGGCUCCAGAUUCCAAGGGCUCCCUGGAGGAUCAAAUCAUCCAGGCUAACCCAGUCUUGGAGGCUUUUGGCAAUGCCAAAACCAUUAGGAACAACAAUUCAUCUCGUUUUGGUAAAUUUAUCCGUAUUCACUUUGGACCAACAGCUAAGCUGGCUGGUGCAGACAUUGAGAGCUAUCUUCUGGAGAAAUCCCGUGUCAUCUCUCAGCAAGCAGCGGAACGCAGCUAUCACAUCUUUUACCAGCUUCUCUCAGGGAGGAAACCAGAACUGCUGGAGGAUCUCCUUUUGGCACCUGAUCCAAAGCAAUAUGUUUGGAUCUGCCAAGGAGUCACGGUGGUGGAUAACAUGGACGAUGGUGAAGAACUGAUGCUGACUGAUAUGGCAUUUGAUGUUCUCGGCUUUACUGCUGAGGAGAAAAUGAGCAUCUACAAACUAACUGCGGGCAUAAUGCACUUCGGGAACAUGAAAUUCAAGCAAAAACCAAGAGAGGAACAGGCUGAUGUUGACACCACUGAGGUGGCUGACAAAGUUGCCCACCUCAUGGCAAUCAACUCUGGAGACCUGCAGAAAGGAAUCACCAGGCCUCGUGUUAAAGUUGGAAAUGAGUUUGUGACCAAAGGUCAGAACCAGGACCAGUGUGUCUACUCCAUUGGAGCUCUGGCUAAAGCCAUCUAUGACAGAAUGUUCAAAUGGAUGGUGUACAGGAUUAAUAAAACGCUGGACACCAAGAUGCAGCGCCAGUUUUUCAUCGGCGUUCUAGAUAUUGCUGGCUUUGAAAUCUUUGAGUUUAACAGCUUUGAACAGCUGUGCAUCAACUUCACAAAUGAAAAGCUGCAACAGUUUUUCAACCACCACAUGUUCGUCCUGGAACAGGAGGAAUACAAGAAAGAGGGGAUAGAAUGGGUCUUUAUAGAUUUUGGGCUUGAUCUGCAGGCCUGUAUUGAUUUGCUGGAGAAGCCGAUGGGCAUAUUUUCCAUUCUCGAGGAGCAAUGCGUCUUCCCCAAGGCCACAGAUGCCACUUUCAAAGCUUCCUUGUAUGACAAUCAUCUGGGCAAAUCUCCUAACUUCCUGAAGCCGAAAAGUGCUAAGAAAGGUCCAGAAACACACUUUGAGCUGAUUCAUUACGCCGGCACUGUGGGAUACAAUAUUUCAGGCUGGCUGGAAAAGAAUAAGGACCCACUGAAUGAGACAGUGGUUGGUCUAUACCAGAAGUCCUCCAUGUCCCUCCUAGCUCAACUCUUUAAAGAAGAGGAAGGUGCUGCAGGAGCCAAAAGGCAGAAAAAGGGUUCUUCCUUCCUGACUGUAUCUGCAUUCUAUAGGGAGCAGCUGAACAAACUGAUGAGUACCCUGCGAAGCACGGCACCCCAUUUUGUCCGCUGUAUUGUACCCAACGAAUUCAAACAAUCUGGUGUUUGCGAUGCAAAGUUAGUCCUGCACCAGCUGGCUUGUAACGGUGUACUGGAGGGAAUCCGCAUUUGCAGAAAAGGCUUUCCCAAUAGACUGCAGUACCCUGAAUUUAAGCAAAGGUAUUACAUCCUGAACCCCAACAUCAUCCCAAAGGGAUUUGUGGACAACAAAAAGGCCUCCGAGUUGAUUUUAGGUUCAAUUGGUUUGGAUAAUACAGAGUAUAAAGUAGGACACACUAAGGUGUUCUUCCGUGCUGGAGUCCUGGCUAAGCUCGAGGACAUGCGAGAUGAACGUUUGGCUAAGAUCAUGACCAUGCUGCAGGCCCAUCUCUGGGGCAUGCUUAUGAGAAUUGAGUUUAAGAAGAUGCUUGAGAGAAGAAUUGCUCUUAUUGCCAUCCAGCGAAAUGUAAGGAAGUUCCUUCAGCUCCGAUUCUGGGGUUGGUGGAGACUCUAUACAAAGGUUAAGCCUUUGCUCCAUGUAGCUCGCCAGGAGGAGGAAUUAAAAGCCAAGGAGGAAGAGUUGCGAGUGGCACUUGAAAAGACAGCAGAAAUGGUGGAGAAGAUCAAAGAGAUGGAUGAAAAACUAGUCACUCUUUCCAAAGAAAAAAGUGACUUGGCCUUAGCCUUAGUGGCUGAACAAGACACCAUAGCAGAUGCCGAGGAGCGCUGUAACCAGCUGAUGAAACAGAAGAUGAACAUGGAGGAACAGAUACAGGAUUUCAAAGAGAGGCUGGAGGAGGAGGAGAGUGCUGCUACAGCAUUGAGUGCUCACAGGCGGAAGCUGGAGGCAGAGCUGAUGGACCUGAAGAGAGAUCUGGAAGGCUUGGAAUCGACUCUGGCAAAGUCAGAGAAAGAAAAACAGGGCCUGGAUAUCAAAGUGCGCUCUCUGACAGCAGAUCUAAAUCAAAAAGAUGACACAAUUGCUCGGUUUCAAAAAGAAAGAAAGGCCGUGGAGGAAAUGCAACAGAAAACUCUGGAUGACCUUCAAGCAGAGGAAGAUAAAGUAAACCACCUCACCAAAGCCAACAGCAAGCUCACCACUCAAGUGCACGAGCUGGAAGAUAACUGGGAACAAGAGAAGAAAAUACGUGGAGAGGUGGAAAAAGCCAGACGCAAAGCGGAGGCUGACUUAAAGAUGACCAUUGACAAUCUCAACGAAAUGGAAAGAGUUAAAAUCGAUCUGGAGGAAGUUGUUAAAAAGAGGGACUUGGAAAUUAAUCAUGUUAAUGCCAAACUAGAGGAUGAGCAAUCUCUCAGCUCCACUCUGCACAGGAAGCUCAAAGAGCACCAGGCUCGCAUUGAGGAGCUUGAGGAAGAACUGGAGGCGGAGAGGGCAAUCAGAGCGAAGGUUGAGAAGCAGCGAGCAGAUUUGGCUCGGGAUCUGGAGGAUCUUGGAGACCGAUUAGAAGAAGCAGGGGGUGCCACUAUCGCACAGAUUGAGCAGAAUAAGAAACGUGAAGCCGAGCUCCUGAAGCUCCGCAGAGAGUUAGAGGAAGCAGCUCUCCAGUCCGAAGCCACUGCCUCGGCCCUGAGGAAGAAGCACUCGGACGCCAUGGCUGAGCUGGCUGAGCAAGUAGAGAAUCUACAGAGAGUCCGUAUCAAGCUUGAGAAGGACAAGCAGGUCAUGAAGGCGGAGAUUGAUGACCUAAACAGCACUGUAGAGUUAGUCCAGAAAGCCAAGCUGAACACAGAGGUCCAUGUCCGUAAGUUAGAGGACAGCUUGGCAGAGGUUAAGUCCAGACUGGUAGAGAUGGAGAAGUCCCAUACUGAGCUCAACAUCACCAAAAUCCAACUGUCAGCUGAGAACAGCGACUUGAGCCGUGAGCUGGGAGAGGUACAAAGUAAGCUGAACCAAGUCACACGGAUCAAGGCUUCACUGACGACCCAAAAUGAUGAGCUGAAGAGACAAGUGGACGAAGAGUCAAAGGCUCGGAGUGCAGCUUUCGUCGGACUGGCUAAUGCUCGCCAUGACCUGGAUCUCCUGAAAGAGCAGGUGGAGGAGGAACAAGAGGUUAAGGCAGAAAUGCAGCGCCUCAUCUCCAAGCUCAACUCUGAGGUGACCACCUGGAGGACCAAGUACGAGACUGAUGCCAUUCACAAAACUGAGGAGCUGGAGGAGACCAAGCGCAAGCUGACUGCUCGGCUUCAGGAGGCUGAGGAAGCUGCAGAGGCAGCGCAGGCACGUGCAGCGAGCCUGGAGAAGGUCAAGCAAAGGCUUCAGGGAGAAGUAGAGGAUCUGACUAUUGACCUGGAGAAGUCCAAUGCUGCUGCAGCUGCACUUGAUAAGAAGCAGCGCACCUUUGACAAGAUGAUUGCAGAAUGGAGCCAGAAGUGUGAAGAACUGCAACUCGAGCUGGAGAAUUCGCAAAAGGAAUGCCGCUCAUACAUGACAGAGGUCUACAAGAUCAAGACAGCCUAUGAGGAAUCACUGGACCACCUGGAGACUGUCAAGAAAGAUAACAAAACCCUCUCUGAUGAGAUCCGAGAUCUCAUGGAGCAGCUGGGUGAAGGUGGGAAGAAUGUCCAUGAGCUGCAGAAAGCUAAGAAGAAGUUGGAGGUUGAGAGGGAUGAGCUGCAGUUGGCCCUAGAGGAAGCAGAAGCCUCUCUGGAGGUUGAGGAAGGGAAGGUGGUCCGAGUCCAGCUGGAGUUGGCUCAGGUCAAAGCAGACAUUGAUCGGAGAAUUCAUGAGAAAGAAGAAGAGUUUGAAAUCACAAGGAAAAACCACCAGCGGGCAGUGGAAUCACUGCAAGCUAGCCUAGAGGCAGAGGCUAAAGGUCGUGCCGAGGCUUUGAGACUGAAGAAGAAAAUGGAGUCUGACCUGAACGAGAUGGAGAUCCAGCUGGACCAUGCCAACAAGAACAACAGCGAACUAGUCAAAACUCUCAAAAGACUGCAACAGCAGAUCAAAGAUAUGCAGAUGCAGAUGGAUGAGGAUGCACGUGUACAUGAGGAGCUGAGGGAGCAGUACAACCUGCAAGAGCGCCGACUCUGCUUAAUGCAGACCGAGAUAGAGGAAGUGCGCAGUGGCCUGGAGGCUUCUGAGCGUUCCAGAAAACUCCUCGAGCAGGAACUGGUGGAUAUCACUGAGCGCCACAAUGAGCUCAGUGUGCAGAACCAGGCUUUAAAUGUCAUGAAGCGUAAAAUGGAAGCAGACCUCACUCGCCUCUCCAGCGAGAACGAAGAGCUGAUCAGCGAGUUCCGUGCUGCUGAUGAAAGGGCCAAGAAGGCAGUCACAGAUGCAACUCGCAUGGCUGAGGAACUGCGUCAGGAGCAGGACCAUUGUAUGCAUCUGGAAAAGAUAAAGAAGAACAAUGAGCUGACGAUCAAAGAGCUGCAGCUCAAAGUGGAAGAAGCAGAGGAGCUUGCACUGAAGGCUGGCAAACGUACCAUCCAAAAGCUCGAGGCCAAGGCCAAGGAGCUGGAGAGUGAGCUGGACGCUGAGCAGAAGCGGCAUGUCGAGACAGUCAAAGCACUGCGUAAGAACGAGCGGCGCCUUAAAGAGCUAAUCUUCCAGUCAGAAGAAGACCAGAAGACUAACCAGCGCAUGCAGGAGCUUGUCGAGAAACUACAGAACAAACUGAAGUCUUACAAGAGGCAGAUAGAGGAGGCUGAGGAGCAAGCUAAUGCAAGCCUGUCCAAGUAUAGGAAGACCGUGCAUGAGCUUGAUGAUGCUGAGGAAAGAGCUGGCAUGGCAGAGAUGGCACUGAACAAGCUCCGCACCAGGAACCGUGCUGCAGUGAGCAAGGGCUUUACGAACGUCGAGAUCGUACAGGUCAUGAAAACAUCUAAGAGUUCCUCAGAGGAGUAA